AGAAAAAAGGAGGGGAGAAGCCUCCAUAGCAAAGCUAUAGCUGAAUUAUAAAUAAUUAUUAAUAUCGCACCAAAAUAAUUUUUAAAAAAUUUUACUAAAACGGACGCUCGUUGGAAUCGACUUCGAGGACCGAAGCGACGUCGCCCUAUCCUGCUGGCUACUCGACACCUAUCGGAUAGGAGGAGAAAUGGAGGGAUAAUUCCAAAGAAAAGAAAAAAAGCGGCCUAUUUUUGUUUCUGAAAUCCUGGAGCCGCCGCUGCAGACUCGCGGUCGCGGUAAACGUCCAGCAACGUUUGCUUUAUUAAUCAGUCAACCGAUUCAGAAAGCCUUUGCUUCGAUUUCCUGUUUUGUGUGCGCUCAGUCAGUAAGCUAGCUAGCUAGCGAGCUACUGAGAGCAAAUAGGAGGAGAUUGUGUGGAGCGGCCUGUUUUGUUUUUGCAACGACACCGCCAUGAGAAACGGCGGACAAUAAACAUUUUUUUGCGCUCGCUUAUUAUUUUUUUGCGAAGCCCCUUAAUGCUUUGGAUCGGAGCAGUGUCCGGGGGAGGAAGAACUGUUAUUGCUCCUGAAACAAAUCUUGAAUACAAAGAGGAGCGAGAAAAGGAGAAGGACUGGGAUCUAAGGGCUUGGUUUGAAUUCUGGUACAACCAGCUAGAUAGUAAUUGGAAGCCAGCUUCAGCCCGACAGUGAUAGAGCGCCACCAGCGUUUGUUGUUGAAUAAUAGCUCAAAAUAGGAGCAACUGGCGCGGCUGAUAUGGAAGACAAGUGAGCUAUUUUGAGGGGGAAAAAUCAUUUUUGGAUAUAGCUUUGCUCGUUUUGUUUGUUUAUUGUCAUAAUUGAAAUCGGAAUCAAGUUACGGACGUUUAUUCGACGAUGAUGACGACGAUUUGGGCAUAUUUCGUACCAUGGAAGAGGGGAAAGCGUUAGCUCAGCUAAUGAUGAUACACUGUUUUGCCCUUUGCUCCUAAAUACAGACUGCUUAUGUGUGUGUAUUGACAGCCGGAGUUCAGGUGUCUGGCUGCUUUGUCCCUUAAAGUGGGGGAUACAGCAACGAAACGUCUAGCUUUAGAUAGCUAGCUUUUUUUUACAUCUCCAGAACUGACGCUGUCGCGCUUAAAUUUUGUACAUCCAUGCUCGCUGCAAGAGCCGCAUGCCCCUCGCCCCUCUCGGAGACCAGGGUCAACGGAGUACCGAACCAGCUCCACCGCGCCGUCGCCGCUUGGUUGCAUUAAGGGAAGCGUCUCCCGGUUUCGAGCGGCGGAUCGGUGGCGUGCCGUGCAAUUUCUCCAGAACUGGACCUAUCCGGCGCGAAGCUGCUGAGAUGAACCCGGUGAAUGCCACCGCUCUCUACGUGUCAGCGUGUCGAUCGGUGCUGCAGUGUGAUGCCCGGGACCCACAGUCCUUUGCCGAGCUCUAUAAGCUAUUGCCCUUCUUCAGGCAGUCCCUUUCAUGUCUCGUUUGUGGCAAUCUGCUGCAGGACCCAAUCGCUCCCACCAACUCCUCUUGUCAGCACUAUGUUUGUAAAGCCUGCAAGGGAAAGAAGAUGAUGAUGAAGCCGUCGUGCAGCUGGUGUAAGGACUACGAGCAGUUUGCGGAGAACAGGCAGCUGUGCAUUCUGGUGGAGUGCUACCGGAAGCUGUGCGAGUACAUCUCCGAGUCCCCGCUGGCCCAGCACAUCGCCAGCGCCGUCGGCGGCUCCCCCGACGUUCUGGCGAUGCUCAAAGAGGGCUUGUCUUUGACUGAGGGGGGCGCCGAGGAGUCCCACGUCUCCCUGUCGCUUAAUCUUUCACAUUCCCCUGCGCCCUCCACGUCAGAGGAACCUAGCGCCCCCCCUCUGGAGGCGCCCCCGGAGCUGCCUGAUGCCCCCCUCACCCCGCCAGGCAUCAACGGCCUGCACGACUGUAAUGGGCUAACCACGGUGGAGGAGCUGACCGCCAGCCUGCCGUCGCCGGGGGCGGGGUCGGUGGCCAUCGACGUGUGCGGGGGGGCGGAGGGGCUAAAGGCGGAGGGCUUUGCGGGCGCCAUGCCCGUGUGUGAGGCGGUGGCGGCGGGCGACCUUUGCCCGGACGGCAUCCACAUAUGCAGCUUCGGCGAGGACAUGAAGCACAGCGCCGACCCCUUGCUGCUGAGCGUGGAGGAGGUGCUGCGGACCCUCGAACCCGACCCCGACCCCGACCCCGCCCCCAAGGACCGGCCCGACGGCCUCCCGCCCGCCUUGCAGACGUCGGGGGCCCUGAAUGGGCCCUACCCCGAGCCCCGCGGACAGCCCUCCCUGCCCCUGGCCUCUGGGGCGUUUUCCCCCUGCCCUCCCCCACGGCCCCCCUGCGCCGCCGCGGCCACGCCCAGGGCGGUGCGGCCCAACAGGAAGCGCUCGCGGUCGGAGAGCGACAGCGAGAAGAUCCAGCCCCUGCCCAUUGCCUGCAUCAUCCAGGGCCCGCCCGUCGCCGCGGCACCCGUGGCGGUCCAGCAGGAGCCUGCGGCGCCGCCGCAGCCCGCGGCAACCGUCCCCAACGGGGGGCCCCCCAAGGUCGGCAAAACCCUGCUGGUGUCCAGCAAGAGCAUUAAGAAGGCCCCCGACCACGGGGCCAAGAAGGCCUACAGCAAGGCCAAGCCGGGGGCCCCCAAGACCAAGGACAGGACGAAAGAGCGGACCCCCAACAACAGCCUGACGCCGGGCAGCCCCACGAAAGUGGUGUACAAGAAGCCGCAGGAGAAGAAGGGCUGCAAGUGCGGGCGGGCCACCCAAAACCCAAGUGUUCUUACGUGCCGAGGCCAGCGGUGCCCGUGCUACUCCAACCGCAAGGCCUGCCUGGACUGCAUCUGCCGGGGCUGCCAGAACUCCUACAUGGCCAACGGCGAGAAGAAGCUGGAGGCCUUCGCCGUGCCCGAGAAGGCCCUGGAGCAGACGCGGCUCACCCUUGGCAUCAACGUCACCAGCAUCGCUGUGCGGAGCGCCGGCACCAGCGCCGGGGUCCUCAACGUCACGGCGGCCUCCCCCGUCGCCUCCUUCCUCGCCGCCAGCCCCCACGACGACAAGAGCUUCGACGACACCCUCGACAUGAGGUUCGACUGCUGAGCUCCGUGGAACGCGCUGUCCCCUCCCCUUUUCCCGCCACCUACCUAAAC